AUGAUUGGGUUGCUUCCCCACGAGAAGUUGAAGGUCGAGUUUGAGCUCUCUGAUUCAGAAGGCAGUCUGGAACCAACGAUUCCACUCAGCCUCUCUGAACGGGAUGAAGAAGACAAGGAUGUGGAAUCUAAGGUGGAAACUGAAGAAGACCUGAACGAGGAACCUGAAGAAGACCCGUAUGAGGAAGCUGAAGAAGACCUCGAGGAGGAACCCGAGGGAAAUCACAUGGAGUACCAUGUGGAACAAAGAUACGAAAUGUUCCAUAUGCCCUAUGUGGAGUACACACCAACUAGCUCUGGAAACCAAAUACGUGUUAAGGCUGCUGAGAAAAGUAAGCCCAAGAUACGAAGGUUAGAACAGGAGGUGUUGGAUCUAAGGAAACCCACUAUCACUAAGUUGUUGGAAGGGUUUGUGGCUCAGGCAAAUCAAGCCAAGACCGCGACUUACAUAUUCCUAAAUAGGGUGGUUGGAAGAGACCCACCCCAGGCCGAGGUGGUGGUCAUUCAAAGUGGUUCCGGAGAUCGCAAAGCCAAGAAAAUAAGGAAGUACUUGAAGGGGCGAAAGCGAAUCUUGAAAUAUGAUGACAUUGUGUUUAAAAAGUAA